AUGUACACUAAAAUAAAUUUAAAGAAUUCAAUCAAGUGGAUUAACAUCUUCGUUUUUCUAAGCAGAUCUAAGGGUAGUUGUAAGAUUUUGAGAAAAAUGGUUAAAAAUAAGCUUCUCAUGAUCAGAAUAAAAUUUCAUUACUCUUCUACAAUUUGA